AGCGGGAUGUCUCUGGAUGAGGGGGCCCACGCCGGGUCUAGGGAGACGCCCAUGUAUGUGUAUGAGUCGACGGUGCACUGUGCCAACGUGCUGCUGAGUUUGGAGGACCAGCGGCGGCUGAACAUCUUGUGUGAUGUGACGGUGGUGGUGGAGGGGACAGAGAUCAGGGCCCACAGGGCCGUCCUGGCAGCCAGCAGCAGAUACUUCCUACAGGUGCUGCUGGGACACACACAACCCGAGCAGGAGCCAAUCAUCAGCCUGUCUGACAAGAUUACAGCCAGGGGGUUUGCCCCGCUGCUACAGUUUGCCUACACAGCCAAACUGGUUCUGAGCAGAGAGAACAUCCAUGAGGUGAUCCGUUGUGCUGACUUCCUGGGCGUUCACAACCUAGAAGACUCCUGCUUCCGCUUUCUACAGGCCCAGCUGCAUAGCGACACGACUGAUCACAACAAUGGCCUUUGUCGCAAGGAGCUGCCGCCGUCGGCGCACACAGAUGACCUCAUCACGGAGGAGGACGAUGACGGUGGUGGUUCUGUGUCGUCCGAGACCCCCAGAGUGACGUCAUCCUCUGCGACGAGGUGGCGACCCAAUCACUCUACCCUCAUGCCCCUCACCAGCAGCCUGACCUCUGACCUCCCACAAUGCCCCAAAUACAGGAAGUACCAGCAGGCCUGCGCCAAGCACAACGGAGAGAACAAGGACGAUGAUAGCGUCACCUCGGCCGCCUCGUCACUAUGCCAUGCCUCAGCCUCCCCAGGCCGCUCAGAGACCAGCAGCACCCACCAAGGGAUACACCCCCUCUCCCCCUCCAGAAUCAAAGAGGAGCCCCGCUCCGGGGGCGAGGGAGAGGAGGGCCCCCCAGGACUGUCAGAGGAUAGCCAGAAUGUCCUGGAGCUGGAGUGGGAGGGGAGGCCGGAGCCCUCAGCGCAUCCCCCCAGCAGAGGUUCUCCAUCUUGCCUGCACUCCUACCUCCAGAGGGGCCUCCUGGAUCUCAACAACCGAGCCAGCACCCUACCUUCCACUCCUCUCACCCAGCAGCUACUGACCAACAGACUCUCACUAGCCCAUAACAGGGACAGAGACAGGGAGGCAUCUCAGGGGGAGGGUGGAAGGGACCUCAGGGCGGUGUCUGCAGAGACAGUGGGAUCUUCUGUUGGAGACAUAGAGGGGGUAGUAGAGGGCAUGGCAAUGAAGCCCCUUGUCUCAGACGGAGUCAGCAAACAGGAAGUAGAGUUGGAUCGCCGCAGCAGCGUCAUUUUCUCCCCCGGGGCAUGUGACCAACUGGGAACACCAUCUCAAUCCUACUCUGACCGGAAGUCUCUGGAAAAAGAUCUGUUGGAGAUCACCUCGAAAUCCCUGUGGACAGGGGUUAGUCAGUCUCUCCCCUUCCACCAGACAUACUCUCCCCUACCCUCCUCCACCACCCCCCCCACGGCCCUCCAGGACCCCCUGCCGACUAUGGCCUGCCGACCGCGGCCCACCACCAGCUGCCCUCUGCCCAUAAAGAUCUCCCCCUGCUCCCCCGCCUGCGAGCCACGCACACGCACCUCCAGCUCCUGCUCAUCUUUCUCCUACCUGGAGGACGGGGGCAGUGGGGACUCGCCCUCCAGCCUGCCUCAGUUUGAGUUCUCCUCUUCCCCAUGCUCUGUGUCGGGCUCAGGCUUGGCUCGCUGCCUGGUGGGGGAGCAGAGGGAGCACAGUGGGAUGGUGGUAGGGGAAGCCAUCUUCUCUCAGGGCCGCACCAAGAUCAAGUGUGAACGGUUGUAUGGGGCCAACUCCACUGAUGAAUCCGGGUCCUUCUCAGAGGGAGACAGUGAGUCUGGCCCUGCCAGAGAGCCAGGUCCCGAAGUCAAACUUCCCUUCCCGGUGGAUCAGAUCACCAAUCUUCCGCGUAAUGACUUCCAGAUCAUGAUAAAGAUGCACAAACUGACCUCAGAGCAGCUGGAGUUCAUCCACGACCUCCGGCGGCGCAGUAAGAACCGCAUCGCCGCCCAGCGCUGCCGCAAGAGAAAGCUGGACUGCAUCCAGAACCUGGAGGUGGAGAUACACAGACUGGUGCAUGACAAGGACAAGCUGCUGAGUGAGAGGAACCAGCUGAAGGUGUGUAUGGGUGAGCUGUGGCAGAACCUCUCCUACCUGUCCCAGGCUGUGUCCCAGGAGGUGUGCAGGGAGGUACAGGGGAACCACGAGAAGACCCACGCUCUGCUCCCUACACACAGGUCCAGAGAUCCUACUGCCACCACCAACAGCAUCUCCAUCACGGCCAGCAUCGACCUCACCUCCAACCCAGGCUCCCCCACCUCAGAGGGCAGUCAGGUCAAGUCCCCCUGCCCCUCUGAAAGCCUCAUGGAGAGAGCCGUUGGCGCUGGGCAGAGGCGGCAGGGCAGUGGGGAGAUAGAUGUGUCUGUCCUAGGGCAGGAGGACCCUGAGUCUUCCCUGGAGCCUGGAGCGUCUACGGGUGUGUGUAGCCCCACUGUUUCGGUGGAUUUCUCUCAGGAGAUGACUGAGAAAUGUACAACAGAAGAACAGCCCAGACAGGACUGUAUCUAG